CGCACGGCCAUGAUGAAAAUGGUUCGGCAUCAGAUGUCCUAGACUCUCUGAUUUUCCCUCGGGCAUCGCUCGAUCAGUGGAAAUUGACGGUCAGAAGGAAGCUCGGGCAUCUCAUAACCAUUUGCAGCAACAUGUUCUGUAGACUGCCGGAAGGUCGUUAACUUGUCGUUCACCUGUGUUCGGUCAGCCUCCGGGAUAACCGACAGAAGUUCCACACAAUUUGCUCCUGUGACUCGAUGUAACUUGCAUUUGCCUUGGCAUAAAAUGAAUAGAAAAUUCAAAGUGACGUCUUAGAUCAUUGUCAUCGAAUAGAAAGGCAUAAUCACAUCUAAAGAUGAUGAAGAGAUCAGCAGACAACGGGGACACCAGUUCCCAACCACCCAUCAAGAAAGUACAGUUUGAGCCGAUUUUAAUCGGACCUAUAUCUACUUUAGAGGAGAUGGACAUGAAGGUGUUGCAAUUUCAGAACAAGAAACUGGCACAGCGACUGGAACAAAGACACAGGAUGGAAGCUGAGUUGAGACAACGUAUUGAACAAUUGGAGAAACGUCAAAUGCAGGAUGAUGCGGUACUUAAUGUAGUUAAUCGAUAUUGGAAUCAGCUGAAUGAAGAUAUACGCGUUUUACUCCAGAGAUUCGAUGCCGAAACCGCAGAUGAGUCGGAAAAUAAAAACGAGAGCGAGGCCACGACGUCAUUUCUCAUGCAAUUAUCCUCCUGGGACAAAGAGGAGUUGGAUGACAAAUUGGCAAAUCGAGUACAGGUAUCUAAGCGAGCAGUGUCUAAAGUUGUACAGGCAUUUGAUCGUUUGUCUCAAAGAAAUGAAAAGAUCACCCUUGCUCUCAAAGGGGAGUUUGACGGGGACGAGGCGCCGAACAUCGACGAGGUCGUGCGCCGUGCCAAUUCGGAGAUACAAGCGGAAAAUAGAAAUCUACAGGCGAUAAACUUACAACUGCACGAGAAGUACCACACCAUUUCACUGAAAAUGUCAGAACUGCAGGACACUAUAACGGGAAAGGAUACGCUCGCGGCAGAAUUGCGAAAUCAGGUGGACGAUCUGCAAUACGAAUUGAACAAAGUGCGAGCAAGGAAUGAUAAGUUGGAACACCAUCUCGGAGAAGCAAUUGAAAAGUUGAAGGCCUUCCAGCAAAUUCACGGCACGGACGAGAAAGGCAGCAACAAACCUAGCACUUUGGUUGCGUCCAGUGUUUCACAGACCAAGCUUGAUGAUUUGCAACGAGAGCUGGAAGAGACGCGGGAAUUGGCUAAUAAUAGAUUACAGGAAUUGGACAAGUUGCACCAACAGCAUCGUGACACUUUGAAGGAGGUGGAGAAACUGAAAAUGGAUAUAAGACAACUGCCCGAGUCAGUGAUAGUGGAAACUACCGAGUACAAGUGUCUACAAUCGCAGUUCUCCGUAUUGUACAACGAGUCUAUGCAAUUGAAGACGCAAUUAGAUGACGCUCGUCAACAGUUGCAGUCGAGUAAGAAUAUUCAUUUACGUCACAUCGAGAUGAUGGAGAGCGAAGAGUUAUUGGCGCAGAAAAAACUGCGCGGCGAAUGCAUACAGCUGGAGGACGUGUUAGCGCAGUUGCGCAAGGAAUACGAGAUGUUGCGCAUCGAGUUUGAGCAAAAUUUGGCGGCUAACGAGCAAACGGGCCCGAUCAAUCGCGAGAUGCGACAUCUUAUCACCUCCCUGCAGAAUCACAAUCAGCAGUUGAAAGGAGAGGUGAUUCGUUACAAGCGAAAGUACAAGGAAGCCUCCACCGAGAUACCACGGCUGAAAAAGGAAGUGGAGGAAUUGACGGCGAAAUUAGGCCAGCAAACGUCUCAGGAAAACAAAGAAGGGAACAAUUCGGACGGCAGUGGGAAAGAGGAGGAUACUUCGAACUCCUUGCCGGGUUCUACGCAGAUAAAGGAAGAGAGCGGUGUCGCCAUAAAGAGGGAAGUUGUUGACGAGGAGGUGGAAACUAUCGAGGUGGGAGAGGGUGAGGGCAGCAAAGGGACUUCCGAUUCUCUAACGUUAACUUCGCCCACCAUAAAGAAGGAGAAGGACAUCAAACGCGAGAAAGACAUCAAGAAGGAGUCGGUAAAAACCGAGCAUCGCGAUCCGGCGCAUCGCACCAAAGACGCAAAAAUGGCGGAGUCGGAGCUCGUGAGGGAUUUGAAGGCACAACUGAAGAAGGCUAUGAACGAAAUGAAAGAGAUGAAACUUCUUUUGGACAUGUACAAAGGUGUCGGGAAAGAGCAACGCGACAAAGUGCAGUUGAUGGCCGCGGAACGUAAGACGAGAGCGGAGUUGGAGGACUUACGGCAGCAGAUCAAGAAGAUUCAAGAGAGUAAACGGGAGGAGCGUAAGAAAUUGGCCGACGAGGACGCGCAGAUAAAAAUUAAAAAGUUGGAGGAUCAGGCGUACACGCUGCAACGUCAAGUGGCUUGUCAGAAACAGAAUUGUGUGUGGCUGCAGGAGGAGGAAGCGCUUCUGAACGAGAUGGAGGUGACGGGACAGGCGUUCGAGGAUAUGCAGGAGCAGAACUCGCGGCUGAUACAGCAGCUGCGCGAGAAGGACGACGCGAAUUUCAAGCUGAUGACGGAAAGGAUCAAGAGCAAUCAGCUGCACAAGCUAGCGCGCGAGGAGAAGGACGUGCUGAAGGAGCAGGUCUCCACGUUGACCACGCAGGUGGAGGCGGCCAAUGUGGUCGUGCGAAAGCUGGAGGAGAAGGAACGUCUGCUGCAGAAUUCUCUCGCGACGGUCGAGAAGGAGCUGGCUCUGCGACAGCAAGCGAUGGAGAUGCACAAACGAAAAGCGAUAGAGAGCGCGCAAUCGGCCGCCGAUCUUAAGCUCCAUCUUGAAAAGUAUCAUUCCCAAAUGAAAGAAGCGCAACAGGUGGUGGCUGAGAAGACAAGCUCCUUGGAAGCUGAAGCAUAUAAGACUAAAAGAUUGCAGGAGGAGAUAGCGCAACUCCGGCGCAAGGUCGAGCGUAUGAAGAAGAUCGAACUCGCCGAGACCUUGGACGAGGUGAUGGCGGAGGAGCUGCGUGAAUACAAGGAGACGCUCACCUGCCCGUCCUGCAAAGUGAAACGUAAAGACGCCGUUCUCACUAAGUGCUUCCACGUGUUUUGCUGGGACUGUCUGCGUACGCGUUACGAAACGCGGCAACGGAAAUGCCCCAAGUGCAACUGCGCCUUCGGCGCGAACGACUACCACCGACUAUAUUUGUCCACAUGAAGAAAGAGACGAUACUGAUUGAUUCGAUGGUAUUAUCCGCGACCCCACACGGCAAACAGAGACAUCUCGCAACACACGCAUUUCUCUUUUUAUACUUUUUAUUUAUUUACUCUGACUUUUUCGAGGAAAACGCGACAGUCCGGGCGCGUUAACGUGGAACGAUCACGGAUUUUGUUAUUCUUAUUGUUUUGCCGAUUGGUAGGGAGAGAAAGAGAGAGAAAGAGAGGGUGGGGGGAGAGGGCAAAGGGAGGAUAGCUACAAAUUACAUUUUUAGUAUUAACAAUAUAUUAUUUAUAUUAAGCCGUAGGUUUUUACAAGCUAGCUUCUACUUCAGGCGUGGCCAACUUCAUCCAACGGAGCACUUUCUUAUUCAAACGCCGAUGUUCCCUAUAGGAUGCCUCAGCGUCUGUCUCAUCCCUCCAUUCCUCCAUCUCGCUCCAUCUCUCUUCGCGAGAGGACUGAGAGCAGAAGCGUCGCGGCUCCGAAGCCGAAGUUGGCCACGCCUGUUCUAGUUUCAUCCGUCUGGUCUGUUUUCUGUUGCCGAACUAGGAUCCCACUGGAACUUCGUUUCUUUUCCCCUCAAUGUUAAGUUAUAUCCAUUUAUCUCGUUCUAACGAUGAAAAGUGUAACCUAGUUCAGAAAUAGAAAACAUGAUAUUAGACGAAAACAUUAAUAUUCUCCGUUUACGGUUUGAUCUCUUCUUUUUCAGUGAGCUUGUGUAAAACUAUCGAUAAGCUUAGGUGUAAGUGCGAUGAAUACUCUAGAUCAUUGGUUCCCAAAUUUGCCAGGCUUUCUCGCAUACGCGAAUGUUUGUUUCCUCACUUCUUUUUAAGAAUAUAUACAUAUAUGUGAGAAUUAUACAUAUACAAUGAAAUGUAUAUUUCUUUAACAAAUUUUUACAUAUGAAAUGGAGAAUAAAUUUAUUAAAGAAGAGUCAAUCAAUUGGACAAAUUUGGGAACCACUGACUUAGAUCGAUAAUCGCGUUCAGCAGGUGCACCGAAUAUUUAUUUUCUCGUAUUGGCUGAAUUUGAUUUGAUUAUAUAAUACUAUGGUAUGUUAUACUCACGCCAAAUUCAGUUGCGCUGCUCCAACAACUCCAACAUCUCGUGUAAUCGUUGGAUCUGCUGAACGCGACUGUAAUGGAAUUGGACUGAAAUGAAAUGUCCCGAUGGAAUUGCGUAUUCCAUCGUGCAUCCUUUUACCGUCAAUUUAGAGUAAUGAGAAAGUCAAAUGAAGAGAAGUCUCGAAAGAUUUUAACCCAUUCUCUUUUAAUUAAAACUUAAUUGACAACUUGAAUGUAAGUCGUACGAAAUUGUAUUGAAUUCUUUAAUCGAUUUAUACGAACAGUAUCACUUUACAAUUGAUCAGACGGUACAAAAUGAUUUAAUAUUCAAUAGUGGAUUUUUGGUUACCUCUUUCUUUUUUGCGAAUAAAAUUAAAAGAAAAAGUGGGCAAAUAGAAUUAGAAUUUGUGAGCGGAAAUAGUGAUAAAAUGUGUAUUAAUUUUAUCGCGAGGCGUCAACACUCGCAAGCGUCACGUCGUCAUCGGUCAUCCGUGCGCGAAUCAUCUGUCAUAAUGUGUAAGUUUUACACUCCCACUUACAACCCACUUGCAACUGUACGUGCUGAAUCAAGGGUGAGGCAGUUAAACAUUUCGUAGGAUUUAUUUUCAAGGUAUCGUACCAGAGUUUGCUGUAUCAUGAUAUAUAAAUAUGUUCUCGAAUGUUUUUGUACGAUAUAAAUUAUAAGUAGAUCUAUGGAUACGCGCGUGCGCUUGCACGUACUGUACUACUGUAGCAUAAGGCAAAACGCGGAAGAAAUGUUACAAGCAGCGAAUUAGAUUUUGAUUUAAUUAGUUUAAUUAGAUUUAGAUAUUCGUUAGAUCUAUCUUCGCGAGAAGCGCGUAAAAAAAUGUGUAGGAUAAAAGUAGACGUGUAAAAGCUACGUUUUCAGUGGAACGGGUCUGUUCUCUGCUGAACUAAUGUAUACUUAUAGAACUUAAAAAGAGACAGAUAUAUAGUUAAGACUUGGUGGAAAAAAAGGAGGGAAUAACCAGUACAAUCUGGUGCAGUCGGUUCAGCGAAAAAGAAGAGACUCAUUGUCGGGCCGUUUAGAACUAGUUUUUCUGAUUCUACCAUGGGUUUAAAAUGUGUUGUAGGAUAUAAAUGUGUAGGAUGUGUAGGGCAAAUAAGGAUUCUUCAAUGUGCGCUGUUAGUUUAAGAUUUCCCGGGAAUUUGUUCUUUUUUUUCUUCAAACUUCGCUGGACGUAAGGAAGAUUAUUUCAAAAUGUGUCACAGAGUGUGUAGAGAUGUAUAUACAAUAUAUAAAAAAUAUCGGGGGGAGAGGUAAACCCCAUCUUUCCGAUAGCUGUUCGAAGGAAGUUUGCAAGUUCUAUAACUUCACUUUGUAUAAAGAUAUAUUCUCAGGCUCUCUCGUUUCAAUCCUCAAGUUGCAGCAAAGCUGCGCAAGAAGGAAUAUCUUUUUGAGCUGUUUUACAUGUGACGGGGGCUUAUAGAAGUCGACGAGAGAGAGACGUUUCAAACGUUUCCUCGUCGACGCAGCGUUAUCUUACAUUCUCCUUCGCGCAUCUUACAUUUUUCUACCUUUGAAAUUUUUCAAUAUUUGCUGCCAAUCAGACCGAACGCGGAAGAAAAUGCAUAAAGAAUCAACAUUCGUGUCGAAUGUUUCUCUCUCUCUUUCCCUCUUUCUCUCUCUCUCUCUCUCUCUCUGCAUCGUGCGUGAACAGCAUCGAUGUGUGAAGCAUAAUUAAAUUGAUUUUCGUUGACGCAGUCGUCGGAGCAUAACAUACUAACAACUUGUAACAUUAGCGUAAGCGGUGAAUGUUUUUUUUCUCUCCUCACGGCUGUUUGGGAAUAAUUUCGGUGAUAGUUCUGUUUCUCGAUUCAAGGUAUAAAUCGUGAAGUCCUGAUCUCGCGUCUAGAGAAAUUUUUUCAAGAUCUUUCGAGGAUCAGAGCCGAUCCUCGGUUGAGCCAGCCGAUUCAUACUUACGUCAAAACAAGUCGCAACAUUUCGAGCUGUCGGAAUCCAUAAUCUAGAGGCGAGCAAACUUUUCAGAGAAAUUCUUUGAGAAAAAUCGUAUUUGUAUAAGGGUAGCAUGUAUUCCUAACGAGGUCUGUUAUUACAGUAUAGUAUCUUCCACCGAAGAAUAUAAACUAAGUGGAAGUGUAUGAGUUUCGUUGAGAACGCCAGCAGUGUAUAAACCUACCCAAUUAUGUGUCACGAUUAAACCGAAGUUACAAGACCAACAAAGAUAAAUCCCUCAAUUUUCCUUCGCCCCCCCUAAAAUUUCGCUCUCUUUCUCGGUCUCCCUCGCUUUUUCGCCGCCGAGACUCUUCGAAUGCGCGGGGACGAGUGCGGGUCGCGAACGCCGAAGGAUCAGAGUUGGAAACGGGAUAAUAUAUAUACGGAGAGUCAAAAAUGAUACAGCUUAAACGAACUUGUCGUACGAAAUUCUUUCGGAUUUUUAUUCUAUUCUUAAGAAAUUUGUUGAAAACCCUAAGAAACAGUUCUACAUAAGCUUGAAAGUAUCAACGAGAAAAGCCCUAGGUUCGAUCUAGAUCUCAUGUGUCGUCUGUCUUUUGUUUCCCUUUGUUUUUUUUUACAAAGUUACCCUUCCGCGGAAAGAUUCCGCCGGCGGUCCUGAUACGUCGAGAUACAAACGGCCACUCGAUAAACACUAUGGACAGGCAAUUUUCCUUUUUUUCUCUUUUUUUUUUUUCGACGUGUAUUAUACGUAUAUAUAUAUCGGAAUAAAACUUCAUCGAGAUACGCUAGAGUAGGAGUACGUGUGUGUCUAGUGCAACCCCUGCGAAGAAUAGCCGCGAUCGGGAGGAGAAUCGGCGGGAAUUCUUUUCUGCGUGAAAUUCCGCGAGUCCCCGAACGUGCGCACGGAACAAGGGCGUUCGAUCCUGAGAUCAGGAAAUUCGAUGGUAAUUUUCACAUCCACCCAGGCAGAACGAAUGUCUAAGAGACGUCUUAAAGACAUCUAAGAGGCGUUCUAAUUUUUUUUUUCGAUAUCUUUCGGACAUCUUUAAGAAAUUUGUUUUUAAUUCGUUCCACCUGGGCAUUUCUUUUUUUAUUUUCCAACUCGUAUCCAGGCACGAAAUAAAUUAUCAAACGAAUUGUCUCUCCACUUGAUAUUCUCCUCGUGAUAUAAAACAGCGUUGAUUCGCGAGUAGACGCAGGAGCAACAAAGCGAGGAAAGCGGAUUACGCGUUCGCGUGCGUGCGUGUGUGUAUCCCGAUUUGGGAUGCAGAGAAAUUCAAUCUUGCGCGCGCAGAGUGAAUUCCCAACAAAUCCUCGUGGUCCGCCUAUUCUCUCGCGAGGACGUGAUGACGCGGACUGGCAUUGUUUUAUAAACAGAAGCUUUCGAAUCCUCGGCGCGCGACGCUCCCUUCCCUCUUCCGCGCGCUCGCACACACGCACAUCAAGGAUAAAAAUAACGACUUUCUUGCGCGCACGGCCGAGAGGGGGCUAUCGAUUAUAAUAAUAACUCGCUAAACGAUAAGUAAAUAAUAAAUGACGACGAUGAAAUUACGCGAAGCCGUGACAACAGUAAUUCGUGACGCAUUUGCGAAAUUAUUACGCUAAUUGCGUACAAAGCGGCACGUCAGAGUGGAAAUCAAAACGUCCCCUGCUAAUUUCCAUCACAGGGGAUCGAUCGAAUGUUGAUAUUUUGGCGCUAACUACGCACGAUAAAACUCAAUUCGCGGUCGUAUAGUUGCUUCGUGCGGGCGCUAGAAAAGAUACAUGUUCGGAACAACAAAAUCGUGCGUGUGAAAAUAAAUAAACGGAAACGCGCGCGGCUCCUUUAUUCUAAGUAACGUAAUCUUUAACGUAAAUUUCGCGGAAAUGCUGUCGCGAGGAUCCUCGGGAUUAUAGUUUUGAAAACUCGGAAAAAACCCGAUUAUUUCUCCCAUUUUUCCGCGAAUUUUUUAAAUUUUUUAUCUUCUUUGCGGAACAAAGUAAAACAUCAGGGUUUCUAUUCGAAAAACAUUCCCUGAUCUGCCAGGCAAUGUGUUAAAAAUUCCAGACAAAAUUAAAGUACUUUUAAAUGUAUCUUGCAAAUGAAUGUAGCUUCAUUGUUCAAAGUCCUUAAUAUUUUCCAUUCGUAAAAGUUUACAAAUCAUAAAAUAAAAUUGU